GCGGCAAAUUAGAAAUUCUGAUUGUGUUACCGUUAUCAUUCUAGUUUACCAUCUAAGUUACUCCAAUUUCGCGGAGAGGGUAUAUUUGCAAACUCUCAAUAUGUCAUAUCAGUUCCGCGCUUUUCUGUUCAUUAAAUGAAUUUUUAUUUAUAAAAUAUGUUAAUAUUUUAGUGAAAUGAAAGAUUUACAGAAUAUGAUUUUAUAUUAUAAAUAUAGUUUAGAUAGAAAGUUAUAGAAUAAAACACUAUAUUUUUUAUUCAUAUUGAGUUUGUUGGUGGCAAAAUGUCCACGUCAGAAUCUGGUGUGGGAUGUAUUAGUGAAGUUACACUUGCAAUUAGUAAAGCAAGGGGUUCUCAAUCAGGCACUGUAAGAGUACUGGAUAGUCCAGACUCUGAUGGAUCUGGGCAUUCAAAUUCAUUUACUGUACAGAGGUUUAAUUAUCCUGAUAAUGAUAAUGCAAAUUCCGAUAUUUUACAUCCUCCACUAACUAGUGAUGAUGUAAGAAUACCAAUUGUUGGAUAUGAAGUUAUGGAAGAGAGAGCUAGGUUUACGGUUUAUAAAUUACGAGUGGAAUUAAAAAAUGGAGACUGUUGGUUUGUAUUUAGAAGGUAUACAGAUUUUGUUCGUUUAUUAUCACAGUUAAGAAGGCAGAAAAUUCCAGUUUCUCAAUUAAGUUUACCAAGAAAGAAGUGGCUUGGUGAUAAUUUUGCUCCAAGUUUCCUAGAAGAAAGAAUACGGGGUCUUCAAGCAUUUGUUAAUGGAAUAUUAAGCAAUCCUCUUCUCAUAGGAACUGCAUGUGUCAGAGAAUUUUUCUGUUUGGAUGAGCCACCUGCUUUAUCUGACACAGCAGAAGAGUCUAGAGCAAUUUUUGAAGCAUUAGAAGAUACUAUAUAUCAUUUAAGACAGCAAUUAAGAGAAAGAGAUGCUGCACUUGCAGCUGAAACAGCUUUAUGCAAUGAAUUUCGGAAAAAGUUACAUCAAAUAUUGAGUGAAAGACAAACCUGUCAAAAAUGUGGUGCAUCUCAGCCAUAAUUUCUUAUGAACUAGAAAUUUACAAGUUGAUAUUGAUAAAAUUUAUUACAUAGAGACUGGUAUAAAUAGACAAUUUUAGUUUUACUA